CCGCGUGGUGGUUUUGACCUGGGGCGGCGGUGAUGGAGACCUCUAUGGAGAUUUGUCGUAAGAAGCUGUAGAAAGUGUAUUCAAUGUGACGACAAUGUAGAGAUGGUGUUGGACCGAAGUUUAGAAGAUGUACUUAAAAAGCGAAUUAUGGUAAUUGAUGGCGCUAUGGGAACCAUGAUUCAGAGCUGUAAAUUGCAAGAGGAGGAUUUUCGAGGUGACGAAUUUAAAGAUCAUUCAAAAAAUCUUAAAGGAAAUAAUGAUAUUCUCAAUCUCACUAAACCAGAUAUAAUUUUUGAAAUCCACAAGGAGUAUUUGGAGGCUGGAGCUGAUUUUGUUGAAACAAACACUUUCAAUGGAACGUCUGUGAGCCAGUCUGAUUACGGUACACAACAUUUGGCAUACCGGAUAAACAAAGAGGCUGCUAGAAUAGCGAAAAGAGCGUGUGAACUGGUUCAAAUUAAGUCAGGUGAGGGCAUGCAGUUAUGUCUAUUAUAGUUAUACGAAAACAGUUCUUUUUUAAUGGCAGUUGUUUAUUUGCUAUAGUCGUAUUAACUCACGCAGAACUUCCGUGACUUUCUCUGUUCAGCUCUGGUAAAAAUGCCUGCUCCCAUAUGAUGUUUUGCCUCAUGCACCGAACUGUUAACCUUCUUAGCAGCGCCAGCAUAAAUACGCAUAUCUAGUAAGAAUUGCAUGUGACCGUGCAACUGCAAGAGCUGCCGGCAGAAGUACAAUAACGAUUACAACAACACUAAGGACCAGACACACAAUGCAACACCCUACACCAGAGAUUGAUUUAGAGCACUUCUAUCAAAGUGCUCAGCAGAAAAAACCACACUCAGCAAAAAAAAACCAAUCUCUGAGGGAAAAAACCCGCUAGCAACUAAACAUGUAUAUACUAUCAGUCCGUCUCUGACCAAUAAGAGCAAGCAGCUGUUCCUUCACUGCUCUUUCCAAGUUCCAUGACACUGCUUCCACAAUAAUGCUUGUGGCACAACACUCCUGUAUAGCUGUCUCCAUAUUGUCCCUGCAAAGUAAGAACUCUGCAGAACAGAAUUUAUGCACAUACACCCUACACACAUACUCACCAUAACCUCCAGUACAAAAUGUUUCUGCCCGACAGCAAGAAGUUGCCGAGAGAAUGACACUGUCGGUACACUCCCGUCUUUAAAAACCUUCACGACUGUCGCCACGCAGCGCAAUCAUCAGUGCAUACGCGCCUCCCCAAACUAUUGGGGAUUAUAUUCUGUCUAAUUCGCUGCGCUCAAACGAAAUAAAAUACAUCUCCCAUAAUAUGAUGUUCUGCCUCAUGCACCAAACUGUUAACCCUCCUAAGCAGCGCCAGCAUAAAUACGCAUAUCUAGUGACUGUGCAACUGCGAGAGAGGCCUCAAAGAUAGCAGGCAGCGUAGUCACUACCAUAAAUAUAAUGAGUAAACCAGCCUUAAAUCCCAAGCUACGAG